UCCAGCUUCAGUGUGACAAAACAGUAAUACAGGCCAAUGUCGGGAGUGGAUUCAGUCUGGUCUGCCAGUACCAAACAAACCAGUACCUCUUCAGUAAGAAGUACUGGUGUCGUGGGGAGUCUAGGUCGACCUGUGAUAUUCUAAUGGACUCCGAUCACCUCACCAACAGAGAGCCCAGACAUAGGUCUCAGAUCAUAGAUGCACAGCGAAGGGGGUUGGUCAUCAUCAUGACAGAUCUCAAGUUAGAGGAUACUGGAGUGUACUGGGUUGGGAUUGAUAAAAUCUAUGCUGAUAUCAUGACUUCCAUCAAUCUAAUUGUGACAUUUGUGGUAGUGUCCAAACCCAUGGUAUGGCCCCUGAGUUCAAUGGGAGACACUUGCUGGGGCCAGCCUGUGACAGUGCACUGUGCUAGUGCACAGGGCACAAGUGUCCAGUACACCUGGUACCAAUCCACCCAACCCCAGGACAUCCCGUUUCAGAGCUCAGCAGACCUGCACCUACACUGUGGCAUUGUGGAAGAAGACAGCCAGUACUACUGCAGUGCCAGCAACGAUGUGAGCAGCCAGCAUAGUGGGAUGGUUUCGCUGCAGGUUCUGAAGCCCUCUGAGGAGGACUGCAUCUAUAGUUUUGCUAUGGAGGGCCAGAGAAGCUAUGACUGUAGUGACAGACUGAAGACAAGCACAGCCACACCUCUGCGUUCUACUGGCCAUCUGACAGAAGAACCCUAUCAACCUGGAACCAACAGCAACCUGUCCUCAACAAUCAAUCAAACACACCAGGAUUGGCAUUACAGGAGGUCAGGACCGUGUCACCUCUAUGUAACCUGUGUGUAACCUCUAUGUAACCUCUAUGUAACCUCUGUUUAACCUCUAUGUAACCUCUGUGUAACCUUUGUGUAACCUCUGUGUUACCUCUAUGUUUAUCUAUUUCCACCAGAUCCUGUUACCCAGUAACAUAAUGUGACAUGUCUUGAAGAAGCAGUGCAGCUAGACUUCCUUUGAUGUGAUCAAUCUGUCAGCAUGUUAUGUAUAUGUCUGUUGUUUGGUGGCAGUGUAUCAAAGGUUUGCAUAAAGAGGCACAGUGCAGUAGCGCUGUUAAGAGGUUGCAUAUGUUUUAGUUGUCCAUUUUCAAGUACAGGAUGUACUGUGCACUCUUAAAAACUGAACUGUGUAUGCUGCUGUAAAAAUGAGAUCUGAAGACUACUACUAUGUAGGGGAAAGUGGGGUAAGGGGUGGUAAAUGGGUAAGUUAAGCCACCCUUGUUUUUAGGAAACCAUACAGAAAAUGUACCAUUUGACCAAAUAUUUAGAAAGAGGUCAUCAUUUCAUGGAGUUUG